GUACUUUGCCCGAGUUAUUCAACACUAGCCCACAUGUCUGCUAAAAUAGACUCUGUUCUCUUGAUUGGAGGUGCAGGCUUUCUUGGCCACCACUUGAUCCAGCAAUUUUAUGACAGAUGCCCAGGAAUCAAAAUUCACGUGUUCGAUAUUCGUCCUUUGUCUGACAAGAAGGCUUCAUACUUUACGUUUCCUUCCAACGAAAUCAAGCUGUUUGUUGGAGAUUUGACCUCUCCAGAAGAUAUCUCCAAAGCAAUCUUAGAAUCCAAAUGUGAUGUGAUCGUCCAUUCGGCCUCACCAAUUCCUGAUGUUGGCACUCCCGAACUCUUCGAAAAGGUUAAUGUUCAAGGUACAAAGAAUAUCAUAGAUGUCAGUAAGAAGUUGAGAGUGAAAGCAUUGAUAUUCACCUCUUCUGCUGGUGUGGUGUUCAAUGGUGCUGAUAUCUACAACGUUGAUGAGGAGUGGCCAUAUGCUGAAGUUCAUAUGGACAAGUACAACGAGACCAAGGCCAUUGCUGAAAGACUCGUCAAAGACAGCAACGAUCCAAACGGUUUGAUCACGGUCAGUAUAAGACCCUCGGGUAUUUUUGGUCCUGGUGAUAGACAGCUCGUUCCAGGAUUGAUAAAUGCUGCUAAGUUGGGCCAAUCAAAGUUCCAGUUGGGAGACAAUAACAAUAUUUGUGACUACACCUACGCCGGAAAUGUGGCUGAUGCCCAUAUCUUGGCCGCAAAAUUGGCCCUCCAGCCUAAAGAAGCUCAUAAGGUCGGAGGUGAAGUUUUCAUCAUCACAAAUGACACCCCCAUAUACUUCUGGACCAUGGCAAGAGAAGUUUGGAAAGCCUAUGGUGUGAUUGAGAAGAGGCACAUUGUUUUCAAUAAGCCUUUAGGUGUUGUGUUGGGUUAUCUCAGUGAGACAUUUGCAAGAUUGGCAGGAAAGCCACCUGGGUUGACCGCAUUCAGAGUCAAGAUAGCGUGCGCUAAUCGUUACUAUGACAUCUCCAAAGCCAAGUCUGUCCUUGAAUACAAACCAGCGGUGGAUCUUGAGACUGGUAUUAAGCUUACUUUGGACUGGUUAAAAGAGGUUGAUAUGUAAACUAUUGUAUUGGCAGCUGUUGAAAUUCUUGCACUUUUCAGGGAGCUGAUAUUAUCGACCUUACUUCGAUGUAAAAAAUCUGGCUUGGCUACGAGCAAAGUACGAACGCAAUAAAUAGUUUCAGCAAAGAAAAAUACUAUAGUUCUUAUAGUCUAAUUAGAAAACAGAUAAGGAAUCAGAUUUCCGAUAUAGACAUUAAUUAGAUGCAAUAUUCUC